AUGUGCAAACUUCAAACGCAGGAUGCAGUUCAUGAGCAGAAUGGUUUCCUGAUGUUUCCUGAGCAAAGCUGGCGCUGCCAGUUUUUCCCUGUCUACCUGGGCGGCAGCGUGAUGGCCGAAAGGUACAACGCGCAUGACCGUUUGGGGGUACCCACUUUCAAGGCAUAUUUUUGCAUGAAAAGUGCAGAAAAGUGGAUGUGUAUAGAGCCGUUCUCCUUCCGCAUGCAAGCAGCAAAAAAAGAGUCGAAAGAGCGAGAAGCAUUGAGAAGGAUUGAGAAGCUUAGAGCAAAUGCUCUGAGUCGCAAUGAGCACAUCCGGGUCCAAACGCGCCAAACACUCGGAGUCAUGGAGCGCAAGGCGUCCAUGCUCGCACUCCGCAGCAAACGUGGCGAAGCCACCUGCAAGGCCGACACGCGCCGCAAGACGCAGGAAAACUCGCUGCUGAUCCACGAGCUUGAGGAGCUCCGCAUUGAGAAGAAGUCCCUGCAAGUCCAAGUUCAGGAGUUGGAGCUUCAAGUGAAGCUGGCCGAGCAAAAAGUGGAGCAGAAGCAGGUCCAGAAAGCCUUGCCAUCCACAGGAAAACCUCAGCUGGAACGGAGCCAGAGCCACAGCAAGGGAGUGCCGCAGGCCGCUCAGGGCCUCUUCGAAGAGGCUCCGGCCAUUCACCGAGGGCCCAAAGGGAGCAAGCUGAGCAAGCCAGUGAAGUCGCAUGAAGCCAGUGCCCACCAUAAGUCCCAGGAGGAGCUGCGGCUGGCGCGGCAGCUUCGCAAGCAGGCGGAGCAGAAGGAGCAGCAGCGCCAUCAUCAGAGGGUGCGAGAAGAGCUUGUACCCCAGGAGCUGGACAACCUCAUGAAGCGAAAGGCGGAGGAGGAGCUGCACAAGUCCACCGGCUCAGUGGGCGACUCCCACUCCUCAGUUUCAAGUGGGCCUCCAGUGGGCAAGGCGCUGUCAGCUGUGCGGUUCCACCAGUCAAAGUCUCCCAUGGGAUCGGUGGACUCCAUGAACUCCUGA